AUGUCGCCCGAGGACUCCGCCAACCUGCCCGCCAAGCGGCUCGCCGUCCCAGAUUACUACGCGCACGUGCUGAUGGAGUACAGCGACAAAGAGCUGAAGGAGGCGGUGCGCGUAGCCCAGGGCGGUGACGAGAAGGUCGGCGAUUCCGGUUCCGUCAUCGAGAGGUGGGGGAAGUACAAGGAAGUUCAGAUCCACGGGGAUAUAAGUUUCAAGACGCACGUAGAGCGUCUUGUAGUCCCAGACAGGCUGAAAGACAAGAAGUCAUGGGUCGGGAAAGUUGCGAAGGCGCACGGCUGGAAGGUGACCUGGAUGAGUGAUAUGGAGAAGGAGCUCAGGACAAGGUCUACAGGGCGCGUAAUGGACCAGGAAACCUGGCAGGACAAGCUGGAUUGCAUCAGGAGGGAUCAGGAGCAGACCUUGCAGGCGACAAAAUUCGUCACCGCGAGGGAAACGGCGGUGAAGUGGAUGUACGAGAUUGAUGACGGUUGGCAGCUUUUUGACGGGACUUUGCAGGGUCCCUUGGAGUCUCUGUUCCAGGAGUACAUGGCUUCCCCGUCGGCGACGGGAAACUGGGAGCUGAGCGCCUAG